AUGAACCUCAUCAAGCAUGAGAAGAAGUCUGGCGGAGAUGAGGUUGAUGCUCAAGUACCGUUACGAAUUUCGAAAGCCAUCAUUUACGGUGGUUCUGUUAUUGUACCUGAUGUCAUAAGUUCAGAGCAUAUCUAUACUCAUGGCGGCUACGGGUAUUACAUGGGCGAUCGACAGGAUCGAGUGAAUCAUCUUCUGUUCCCAGGAGAAACUGUUGGAGGUGUCGAUAUCCCGCCGUUAAGCGAGGCAGGACGUGAUUGGAGCGAGAGGUCACCUGUACACGAUAGGCUUUACCUCAGUCCGGAGGAGACGAUAUUCCUUUCCAUUGAAAUGAAGAUGUUAGAAGUGUCAGAGAACAAAAGAGUUUUGACACCAGAUGAACUAUGGCUGCGUAUGAGAGACUUAGGUGGUUCGAUGUUCUUGAAGAAAUACGUUGUGUAUCGUUAUCUUCGACGAUGUGGGUGGUGUGUACGAAGUGGUUUGCCGUAUGGAUGCCAUUACUUGAUCUACCGCGGAAGUCCCGAGUCUCACCAUGCAGCAGCUGGUGUGAAAAUUGAAACUCAAAUAGAGCCUCGGUUCUUUGUUGGUAUGAAUCGUGUGUUGACUAAUAUGAAAAAGGCGUUGAUUAUAAUGAGUCCGACCAUUCCAGACGGCUUGAACACGGCAAGUCACAGAAGUGCGGACUCGGUGCUUAUUUCGAUGUCGACAUCAACGACAAUGUUCGUUGAACGAAAGAUGAAUGAACUGAAGGCAAAAAACAAUGAAGAGGUUAUCCUUAACUCAAAAAAGGAGGAAAAAUGA